CUGAAUUUAUAUUAGCAAAGAAUGGAAGAUUUAAGUCGUGUUAAAAAGACUGAAGGAGAAAUUCCUCAUUCCCAGGUAACUGAAACGAUUAUGCCCAAUUCUGAGAUUGACGGUUCUUCGUCUUCUGGUUCUCAUCCAAAUAAUUGCCUAGAACCUUCAGAAAAUACAGAUAGGUAUCUGGAUGGUGCACAGCCAUUGGAACGUGAAAAUGCUCAACCAGGUGAACUUUUUUUUGGCUUCAAUAUGUCUAGAGAUCAUAGCAUUGUACAUGGUAACUUAAGACCUGGAAAUAUUCUCCUUGAUGCUAACUAUGUCUGCAAACUUAGUGAGAUUGGAGUUUGGGAUAGCAGUUUGACAAACAGCACAUCUCCUUACCUUGAUCCCCAGUUUUCUACAAGGGGAAGAUUAUCUCCUAGCGCAGACAUAUACUCAUUUGGUAUUGUAUUAUUACAGUUACUUACUGGGAGACCACCUGAAAAUAUAGCAGAGGAGGUGCAAGAUGCAAUAGCUUCAGAUAAUCUAAGUAGCUUACUGGAUCCUACAGCUGGAGGAUGGCCAGAUCAGGAAGCUCAACAGUUGUCUUUCUUGGCUUUGAGAUGCUGUGAUGUCAACCGAAGCCGACGACCAGACCUCGAGACAGAGAUACUGGAGGUGCUUGAACCAAUAAGGGCUUCUUGGGCAGCCUCACCGUCAUUUAAUCCUGUUUCUGAAGAGAAUCAGGCGCCUCCAGACUAUUUCCUUUGUCCUAUCUCACAGGAAAUCAUGAGUGAUCCUCAUACAGCAGCAGAUGGCUAUACAUAUGAAAAAGAAGAAUUGCAAACAUGGCUCAGGAAUGGCCGCGAUACAUCGCCAAUGACAAACGCUAGACUUGCAAACCACACUCUCAUCCCGAACCAUGCUCUCCGUUCUGCAAUUCAGGAGUGGACGCAGCAAAUGAAAAUGAAAGAGGAUGAAGAAGAGGACGAGGGGCCAGACGACGAAGGGCCGGAAGGCGGAGGGCCGAAGAAGGACGAGGGACCGGAAAAGGACGAGGGACCGGAAAAGGACGAGGGGCCGGGGAAGGAGAAAGAAGAGGGAAAGAAACGAGCACCGGACUCUGCUUUGGAGGGUGGAAAGGCACACAAGAUUUUGAAGGCAUAUUUAGCAUGCAUGGCUCUGUUGACCGCAUAUUACGUUGUGCAAAGCAUGGAGACAAUCCAAAUGCUUGUGUUGGUAUGGGUUGAGGCUUCUAAAACAACUGGAGAAAGAAAUCUUUCUGAUAAUAUUGAUGAUGGAUUUGAACUGUCAGCGAUUCGCGAAUAGGGAAGUAAACACCGGCGGAAUAAAGUGUGUUUUUGUAUAUAUGUUGGUUUUACCUCCAUUGAUCUGUUUGAGCAGGAGAACUGGUAUGAAUUUAGGAUUUUCUUUGAGGUAUGAUUGCUUAUGUGAACCAGAUCUGUUGUCCGGUAUAUCAACUGGCAAAUAAGAUUUCCAUUUCUAU